AUCAGUAUGGCGGUAUGAGUUGAGUUUUGAGAGCGCAGCUUUCAACGGAGGGCUAUUUUCUUUUCUCAUUGACGCAUUAUCGCUUUUGAGAAAAAUGUCAGUGUCAAAUCUGUUCUCUUUCAAGGAUGAAAAACCAGUGCCUGAUCCAGUGCAUGAGUACCCAGAUUCACUAAGAGAUGGGAAAGUGCCUCUUGUCAUAGAUAAUGGAACUUAUCAGUGUCGAGCUGGCUGGGCCUCUGCAGAGAAGCCCCUUCUGACAUUUAAAAAUAUUACUGCUAAACAGCGAGGAAAGAAGGAGUCUGACUUACAGAUUGGAAAUGACAUCAGCAACAUUGAGGUUGUCCGCUGGAUUCUACGGACACAGUUUGACAGAAAUGUGGUCACACUCUAUGAUGUUCAGGAGCAGAUAUUUGACUAUAUCUUCACACAUCUGGGCAUCAACACAGAGGGCAAAGUGGAUCACCCUAUUGUCCUCACCGAGCCUGUGUGUAACCCCAACUAUUGCAGACAGCAGAUGUCGGAGCUGAUGUUCGAGUGCUAUCAUGUUCCCCAAGUCGCAUAUGGCAUCGACUCGCUCUUCAGCCUCUACAACAACAAGCCUAAGACAGAAUCAAUGAACUCUCUAAUCGUGGACUGUGGCUACCAGGCAACACACAUUCUGCCAGUGCUGAAUGGCCGCUUCAACUCGGUCAAUGCUCGGCGAAUGAACUUAGGUGGCGUGCAUGUGGAUUCCUUUCUAAUGAGGCUUCUACAGCUGAAGUACCCUGGACACCUGGCAGCUAUCACUCUGAGCCGGGCUGAGGAGCUUGUGCGGGAUCAUGCCUACAUGGCCGCAGACUACACCGACAAUCUGCAGCAGUGGCUAGAUGGUGACUACUUUGAAAACAACGUACACAAGAUACAGCUGCCUUACACGAAUGUGAGCGGCGGAAGUCAGUUGACCCCGGAUCAACAGCGAGAGAGACGGGAGCAGCAGAUACGACGUCUGAAGGAAGUGAACUCUAAACGUCGCCUGGAGAAGCUGGAGACGGAGGAAGAGAGACUGCGUCAGCUGAUGAGUGUCCAGGAACUGCUGGUUGAUGGAGAUGAGGACACGUUUACGAAAGCACUGUACAACGUUGGCUUCAAGACUGCUGAAGAGCUACAGGACACUGUCAACAAACUGACCGUCAGUAUACAGAGAGCCAAAGCUAAAAUACUGGGCGUCGAACUCCCUCCUGAAGAGCCUCAAGAGGUCAAGGAGCCGGUGUUUGACCUGUUGGACAUCCCGGAUGAGAUGCUCGGCCCAGAACAACAGGCUGCCAAGAAGCGACAACGGAUCCUUAAGAGUGCACGGGAGGGACGUCUCAAAGCUCAGGCACUGCAGAGAGCCAAACGCCAGAAGGAGAUGGAAGAAGAGCGUCGUCUGGAAGUAAAGCGUCAGAAUGACUUUCAGGGAUGGUUGUCAGAAGUCAGGAAAAAGAGACAGAAAAUUCUAGAAGCGAGGACAUCCCGAAGACAAAGGAAGACAGACAUGGCCAAGCGAGGGACGUACGCAUCCCAGCAGCGAAUGAAGAUAAUCUCCCAGCUCGCACAGAGUGUGAAGGCGUCAAAGAAGGAAGACACUUUUGGCCAGAAUGAUGCUGAUUGGGAGGGGUGGGGUGGGGUAUACAAGUCCAUUAACACUGAGAUGAACACCAGUGACUCCGAGGCAGAGGAGGAGAAGCUUGAGGAACUUGAGACAAUGCUAAGGGAGCAUGACCCCGACUUUCAGAGGGAGUUGGACUUUGGAGGGUUGCCCGGAGGAGAGUUUGACAUCGCUGACUACUAUCGUCUGUAUCUAGCUGUAGAGAGAGUGAGAGCUCCUGAAGUGUUAUUCCAACCCUCCAUGAUUGGCAUUGAGCAGGCUGGUAUUGUUGAAACUGCCGAUUUUGUUCUCAAGAAAUAUGAAGCUGCCUCACAGAACAGACUUGUACAGAAUGUGUUUAUUACUGGUAGUAAUGCCUGGUUGCCAGGCUUCAAGGAACGUCUGGAGAGGGAUCUGCGACAGAUAAGACCAUUUCAGUCGACAUUCAAUGUGUCGGUAGCAGCCAAUCCCAGCCUGGACAGUUGGCUGGGGGCAAGGAAGUGGGCAUUGUCCCCCUUCCUGUCAUCUUGCAGCAUCACCAGGGAGGAGUAUGAGGAGAUGGGGGAGGGCUACCUGAAGGAACACUUCGCCUCCAACAAGUUCAUCCCGACCCCUGUUCUGGUACAGAAGACAUAACUCUCAACACUCACUCAGUCACUGCCAUUUCAUUUUGUAAUAAAACUGGAAAACAA